AUGAAUGCGCUUCUGUGGAGUUGGAGUCUCACAGGACUGAUUUUCUUAAGCAUUCUUGCAAAUGGAGUGGUGGGUUUUGAUGAAAAGUACUUGUUCACCGAUUUCAAUGGCACAAAUGUGUUUGAGAAAAAAGUUGAAUCAGGUCUUGCUAAUGUUCUUAUGGUAGGACUCACUCUCGUCCAAGCCGCUGCUGCUAAAGGAGCGGUUUGUCUGGAUGGGUCCGUGCCUGGAUAUCAUCUGCAUCGUGGGUGUGGUACAGGAGCAAACAAGUGGAUCAUUCAGUUGCAGGGUGGUGCGUGGUGUGACAGCAUAGAAAAUUGUCAGAACCGAAAGAACAGUAGUUAUGGAUCGUCCACACUAAUGGAGAAAGAGUUAGCUUUUAUAGGAAUACUAAGCAAUAAAGCCGCUGAAAAUCCAGACUUUUACAACUGGAAUAAAGUAAAAGUCCGGUAUUGUGAUGGCGCAUCCUUUAGCGGUGAUAGCGAAAACAAGGAGGCACAACUUCAGUUUAGAGGAAAGCGUGUAUUUUUAGCUGUUAUGGAAGAUUUGAUGGCAAAGGGAAUGUGCAAGGCCAAAAAGGCUUUGCUCAACGGAUGUUCCUCUGGAGGUCUUUCAUCGAUUUUACGCUGCGAUGAUUUCAAGGGUUUGUUUCCUCGUACCACCAAAGUAAAAUGCAUGAGCGAUGCUGGCUUCUUCCUCGAUACCGUUGAUAUAUCUGGAGGUCAUUCUAUAAGGCGUAUGUAUUCUGGUGUCGUUAACGCCCAGAUUGAAAAUAGUAUAGCUCCACCAUCUGCCGAUCCGAGUGGCAGUUGGCAUAAUUGCAGCUCCAGCUUCAAGUGCAACGACUCUCAGAUGCAAUUCUUGGAAGGUUUCAAGAUGAGCAUGUUAAAUGCGGUGAAGAAUUUUUCGAUGUCAAGCAAGAACGGAGUGUUUAUUAACCCACGUUGGGCUCAUUGUCAAGCGGAGAGAAAAGAUACUUGGUUUCCCGGAAACUCUCAACCGGGUGAAGAUAAGGGAAUUGCGGUAGCCGUUGGAGACUGGUAUUUCAAUAGAGCAAAAAAGUAA